AAGAAGAUUGGUGUACCUCUAAUCUUUGUUGUGGUGUUGCACAAUUCAAUGUCACUUCAUUCUUUCUAUUACGUUUAUCUCAUACAUUAUUUGUAUUUGAUUUUUGUACAUAUGCUACAGUGAUGCAGUUUUAUUUGGUUUGAAGUUUGUAAGAUAGAUUUAUUAAAAUCAACGUAUUGAUUACAUGAAACUUAAAACUAAAUUAAUAUUUGUGUUAAGUUUAUUAUUUUCUGAAUUUGCAUAUGAAAUGGCCUGGUCUGGAAGAUUUCAUGCAAAAAGCAAUAAUGAUCUUAUACAAUAUCUUAAAUCAUCAAGAAUAAUUAAAUCAGAUAAAGUUUACGAAGCAAUGUCUUCUGUAGAUAGAGGAAAUUAUACCCGUUCUGGCUAUGCAUAUAUAGAUUCUCCUCAGGAUAUUGGCUAUGGUGCAACUAUAAGUGCUCCUCAUAUGCAUGCAUAUGCUUUGGAAAUACUUGAAGAUAAAUUACAUGAUGGCGCUAGAGCAUUAGAUGUUGGUUCUGGUUCUGGAUAUUUAACAGCAUGUAUGGCAAUGAUGUUAGGCUCAAACGGGUUAGCUAUAGGUGUUGAACAUAUUCCUGAACUUAAAGCAUUUGCUAUGCAAAAUAUUCAAAAAGAUAACCCAGAACUUCUUGAAAGUGGACGCAUUCAAUUAGUUGUUGGAGAUGGACGAUUAGGCUAUCCAGAAAAAGCACCAUAUGAUGCUAUUCAUGUGGGAGCUGCUGCUAAAGAAAUGCCUCAAGCUUUAAUUGAUCAAUUAGCUCCUGGUGGGCGCUUAGUAUUACCAGUGGGCCCAAGAAACUCGGAUCAAGUAUUAGUACAAGUUGACAAAAUGAGAGAUGGAAAAAUUAAAAAAACGACUCUUACAGGUGUAGUUUUUGUCCCAUUAACAAGUAAAGACAAACAAUAUCCUUCAUGAAAUACAUGUAUGCUCCAAUAAGUGAGCAGAUUUUUUUCUGUGAAUUAAAUGUAAACGGUAAAUAAAGCUUAUUUUAUAGUUCUAA